CCGGAAGUUUUGGCCAGAUAGAGGCAAGGGCCACAUCAUCGUCACGAGCCGCAAUCCUUACACGGCGAGUUUCCGUGCCUGCGCCAGCAUCAGCGUCUUACCCCUGAACAUGGAGGAGUCGGUCAAGCUCUUCUACAAUGAGAUCAGCUGGUUCCAGCUCCCGCAGCGGAACUUGAAAAUCGAAAAGUUGCUGGGCGACUGGAAGGGCGUUCCGCUGGCCAUAAAUUAGAUGAGCAGCUUCAUCACCCGCGUUCAAAUGGACCUGGACACGUUCGUCAAGCUCUGCUCAACGAGCGCGCCCCAGCUUCUGCAAAAGACCAAUCUGUACGAUGAGUGCCCCCAUAGUGUUGCCACCGCGUUCGCGACCGAACAGUUGCAGGAGAAACCGAAAGCGAUCUUGCAUGCCAUGUGUUUCUUUGACCCGGACCGAAUACCGUGCGAAGUGAUUCAAUCGAGCUUCGAUCUAGACAGGGAAGAUGAGGAGCCAGUAUUCAACUCGAUCAUGUGCGAGUGGGAUUAUCAAGAGAGUCUUGAGGUACUCAUCAAAAUGUCCUUGCUUACCAAGAUCGAGAACGACAUGAGCAUUCACCGUCUGGUGCAGGACGUGGUGUAUCUGUUCAUGUCCAAGGAUGAACGACAAAAGGGGUUCGACGCCGUUCUCACAGUCCUCAGCCGGAACUUCCCGACGGGGACCGGUGGUCAAAUGUGGAAGGGCUGGCACAAGUGCGAACGAUAUCUGCCCCAUGCGCUCUUUUUGUUUCGCCGCUUUGAGAAGGAUUUUCGGGGGCAGAAAUCCAUCCGGUUUGCCAACCUAGUGAGCUCUGUGACAUGGUGAGACUCGGACACGACUCUGCAUGAAAUUCAACAGUUCUUGGUUCUUGUUCUGACUCUAGCCGCGUAGGUACCUCUUCGAGCGCGGUCUUUUCA